UUUCACAAUCUUUGAAAAGCUGCUAAAGAAUGUCGAGUGUUUUGAGAGUCUCUGUUCUAUUUAUCCUAGUUCAUUCAGUUUUUUCUACGGACUCAAACGAUUUAUUUUUUAAAAAAUACUACAGUUCCUCAGUUUUGGGACUAGUUAAACUAUUGAAAAUGGAGCAAGAGUUUAUGGAGAAUUUUUCGGUCUAUGCUAACAUCCUGCAGGAGAAGGUGGAUAACCUAAAUAUUUUCCUAGAUGCCUUAAAGCGGCCCAAUCACAACACCCACAAUGAAAGGGAGAAGUUUGUUUCCAAUCCCCUAAAUGCUUUUGGACUGAUCAGAAGGCUAAAUCAGGAUUGGCCAAAAUGGCAAAACUACAGCCAAAAGCAACUGGGACUUGGGCAACUCAAUGCGAUGCAGGAUAUCGUGAGUGCAGCCCCUGAAUCCUUCGACAUGAAUGAAAAACUGAAAGCAAUGCACCGCAUAGAGACAACCUAUGAUCUCCAACCUAAAAAUAUAUCAAAGGGACUACUUCAAAGGACGGAAUUUAACUAUAAACUUACAUGGCGGGACUGUUUGGCUUUGGCUCACCAUAAAUUUAAAAUCGGCGAGUUUCAACGAUCACUUUUAUGGUUUCAAGAAGCAUUAAAAAUAAACACAAAUGGGAGUCUGGAGAUAAUCAAUAAUUUACAGGAAAUGGAAUUGAAGAACUUCGCAACAGACGUAGCCAAGCGCAGCAUUUAUUUGUCAAAUGAAGCACUGACUAAUGAAACCAUUGAUAAAUUGGCCAACAGCCAAUUGCAAGAUGCUAAACCAAUAGACUUGGAACAACUAAUCAGCUCAAACCUAAAGCGCUGGAUUAAGGAUAGUUCCACAACACCUCCCACUAACCAUAAUAUUGGAUGUCGAGGACUGUUUCCUAGGAAAACCAAUCUCGUCUGCCGAUACAAUUCGAGCACAAACGCUUUUCUUAAACUAGCACCCUUGAAAAUGGAGGAAGUCAGCCGGGAUCCCUACAUUGUAAUGUUCCACGAAGUGAUAAGUGACAAGGAAAUUGAAGAAAUGAAAGGAGAGAUUAAGGAAAUGGAGAAUGGAUGGACUGGCUUGGAAGAUCCCAAGGAGAUUGUUUCCAGUGUCUAUUGGAUAACGGAGGAAACUUCUUUCAGCAAGCGAAUCAAUCAGCGCAUUUCCGACAUGACGGGCUUCAAACUGGAAGAGUUUCGUGCCAUCCAAUUGGCCAAUUUUGGAGUGGGUGGAUAUUUCAAGCCCCAUUUCGACUAUUAUACAGAGCGCUUGAGAGGAGUGGAUGCCAACAACACACUGGGCGAUCGCAUUGCCAGUAUUAUAUUUUAUGCUGGAGAAGUUUCGCAAGGUGGACAAACAGUAUUUCCAGACUUAAAAGUGGUGGUGGAACCCAAAAGGGGCAAUGCAUUGUUUUGGUUCAAUAAAUUCGACGAUUCUUCACCAGAUCCACGAUCCCUGCACUCCGUGUGUCCAGUUAUAGUGGGUUCCAGGUGGACGAUUACCAAGUGGUUGCACUACGCUCCCCAGUUAUUUGUGAAGCCCUGCAGCCCACGAGUUCGUAAAGAGUGACGUGUUCCUUUUAGACUGAAAGUAUACAAAAAUGUAUUAGUGACGCUAUAACCUUAUCAUAUUGCAUUUUCUUACCUACCUUGAUAAAUAAUAAAGUCAGUCAAAAUGAAAA